AUGCUUGAUCAUCCUUACCGUGUGAAUUUACAAGGAAGCUAUGAAAUUGUAUGGGUUCUCAUUCCAUCAUCGGAUACGUGGACUGAUGUAGAAGAACAGAAUUUUGAUUUUUUAUCAAACUCAUUACCAUGGUUUUCAAUUCAGCGACCAUGGUUACUCUGCUCAAUAGUGGUGAAAUCCAUUAAACAAGCAUGGGAUUUCAAAGAGAAGCCCUUAAUGGUAGUAUUGGAUACACAAGGUAUGGUUACAAACUUAAAUGCAAUUGACAUGGCCUUGAUCUGGGUUGCCAUGGCCUUUCUCUUUUCUACUUCACGAGAAAAUGAGGUAUGGGAAGAAAAAACUUGGAAUCUCCAACUAUUACUUGACGGAAUUGAUCCUCUGGUAGCAAAGUGGGUAGAAGAGGACCAAAACCUUUGCAUUUAUGGAAGCAACAACAUAGAUUGGAUUAGAGAAUUCAAUGCUAAGAUGAGGAACAUGACAAGUGCAGGACUGCAGCUUAAGAUGGUCUAUGUUGGCAAGAAAAAUUCAAGUGAUGAUCAUAUGAAAAAAAAUUUAGCCACCCUGUAUGAGGAAAAGCUGACAAGUUCUUUAACUUGCACAAAGAUUUAUUUCUUUUGGCUUCGGUUGGAAAGCAUGAGAAGAUCAAAACUCCGAUUAGGACAUACAGAUGAUCAUGAAGAUGAGAUUCUAAAACAGUUGUCGGAGUUACUAGACACCAAUGAUGAGAGUGAAAAAGGUUGGGUACUACUGGGAAAAGGGUCUUCGACAGAGACUUUGAAGCUUCAAGGGAGAAAAAUUAUGGAAUGCUUGGAUCUUUUUCCAGUGUGGGGAGAAAAUGUGGCCAUGUUAGGGUUAGUGGGUGCGAUUACAACUGCACUCGAACCACCUCUUCUUGUUGAGCCUUGCAGUCACUCUAAUAUUAUACAAUUUGUUGAAGGAUUGAAAGACACAAUAAUUUGUGAUAAAUGUAAGCGCCUCUUGGAGAAAUUUGUGGUCCACAAAUGUGAUGGAACUGAGUAG